UUUUGAAAGUACAGCCAAUUAAAACGUAAUGUUUUUGCUUUUACUGCUCGCGUUGAAGAACUUUGAUCACAAAACCAUCUGCUGUGCCCGUGAUCCGUCGUCAAAUGCAUAGCAGUAAAGCUUGUUCCAGAAAAGAAUGCUUCAUUGAAUGUUUCAAGAUCAUUGAUGCCUCUUAGUGAUCCAAUUUAUGAAAUAGUAUUUUGAUAACUGCUAAUGGAAUGAAUCAGUCAAGGAAGGAUCAUCAAAACACUGCUGAAAAACAUCACAAGUUGGCAAUAAAAUGUAUCAGUAGCAAUAAUUUUGGUUUGGCAUUGGGCCAUCUACUUUUAUUGGCGAAGCUUCUUCCAGAAAAAUCUGAUGAACUUCAUCACACAGUUGCUUCCUGCCUUGGAAAAGCUAUUCAAUCUUUGGAAGAUGCAGGGAGACAUCUGGACCUGUUGAAAAUAUAUGAGUCUGUUCUUGAAGUAUAUCCUGAGAGUGCAAUAAUCAUCAGUUCUCUAGGUGAUUUCUUAUACAGGUGACUAUGGACCAGUGGCUGUCGGCGGUGGACGCGGCGCUCGGACGGCGCGGCCGCCGCCACACCGCUCACAUCCGCGCCCAGCUGCUGGCGGUGGCCGGGGGUGUACGGCCCAGCUGCCUCUGGGACUGCUGUGCCAUCGGCCCUCCGGAGGCGGCGCGUUUGGUGGACGAGUGUCGCCAGCGUGGACUGAUCGGCGACUCGCUGGCCACUCUAUCGCUGGCAGGAGAUGCACUUACCUGUCACCUGGGGACACUGAAAUGGCACUUAGCACGGGCGGCGGAUGACGUGGUACUCGUAAACAUAGCAUCGUUCUCCGGAAACGGCGCGGCUAUGAGCGAUAGCCGACCCUCUCUAGCAAGACGUGACGAGGUCCGCAGUGCUUUUUGCGCUCAGACAGAGUCUUUACUCAGACAGCUGAUAUUUGGGAGCGCUAAGGAGGAUACAGUAAUCCUAGAGUUGGAAACCGGCCCAGAGUGGAGCCUUCCAGCAGCGGCUGGGGCCCUGCUCGGGUACCCCGUGGUGUAUUGGGUACCUCCGACUGAUAGAGGGUCGCAGACGGGUGGUGCGGGCCUGACAGCGGUGCCGCUGAGGGUCUAUAACGUCUCGGUAAACGUGGACGGCCGCUGGCUGCCGCUGCUGUCGUUCAGCGUGCCGCGACAUCUCGUAGAUGGUGCUGGUGAUGAAAAGCCUGGAUCACAGAGUGCAGAGUGCGCUGAUUCGGUGGUGAGCUGCCCAGCUCAGAACGACAAAACGGACCUCGUCUCAGGUCUGGAGAGCCUCACCUUGACAGAGCAGCAGUGUCCGGUUGUCGGCACACCCGCAGUCACGACCUGCGUUAAUGAUGCCACCAAUUGUGAUGAAGUACGCGAAAGAAGCACUGAUCGCGCCAGAGACGAAUCAGGAGGCUCCAGUAAGAAAUCAAGCUCCAAAUUUCUGAUGGCGACGUCUCCGCUUAGCGUGGAAGCACGCGUUUCUCAAUUCAUGGAUAACAUGCACUCGUCUUGUGAAACAAUGGACUGGAUGAAGGACAUCAGAGUAGCUGUGGAGGACGUAACCCUGCCCUAUGUGGCUCUGUAGCGUGACAUCGCCCUCAAAAGCUCUGAAAAACAUCCUACACUGCAGCUCCCGCCACCUGGUGCACCAGGCCGAAACUCCGAGCCCCGCCCGUCCUGUUUCCAGGCAUGGCCACGUGCUCCAAGCGGCUGCUCAGUUCCUGCGCGCGGCGCGGGCCGACGGCAGUCUGGUGGCCGCCCGAGACGGCCUGGAGCGUGCCAACUCUCAGCUGGUGGACCGCUGGCACUUCACUAUGCUCAACGACGCUCGCAGGAAUGCUGCGUAUGGGCGCGCGGUGCGUGCGGCGUCCCGGCGCCUGGCCGAGGGGGAGCUGGUGCUGGAUUUAGGCGCCGGCACCGGGCUACUCAGCAUGCUGGCAGCGCAGGCGGGUGCGUCUCCUGUGGUCGCCUGUGAGAGCUCCGAGGCCAUGUGUCAGGUGGCAGCCGCGACCCUGGCUGAUAACGGAAUGGAAAAUCGUGUCCAGCUCGUCAACAAGUGGUCCCACGAGCUCACCGUCGGGAAGGACCUCCCGUGCAGGGCGUCUCUUCUGGUGACCGAGACGUUCGACGCUGGUCUGCUGGGCGAACACAUCCUCUCCACACUACAGCACGCCUGGCGCCACCUGCUGCUACCCCCGGGGCGGGGAUGCGUGCUGCCGGCCUCUGCCGCCGUCUGGGCCGCCGCCGUGGAGAGUGCAGAGGUCCGCUCACAGCUCAGUGCCCAUCUACCCAGCGGCGAGCAGCUGCGGCGCCGGCUGACGGAACCGUACUGGUCGGAACGGCUGGAGGACGCGCCCGGGGGAUACAGACUGCUCUCCGAGCCAGUGCAGGUGUACUCAGUGGAUUUUAACGACCCGGAUGAUAUAGAGCGCGGUCUGAGUGGUGUGGAGGGACGUCACGUGGUGCAGUGUACGGCCGACGGACGGCUGGAUGCGCUGGUCACGUGGUUUGAGCUUCAGCUCGGUGAGGGAGAGGUGUUGAGCAGUGCGCCCGGUGAGGAAACGUGCUGGGAACAGGCAGUGUACGCGGUACCGACCGGUCGCGUGGUGUGUGCUGAACAGAACCUAGCAAUCAGGAGCGUUUGUAAGGGUCAUCUGGAGCUGCGACUAGAAGACUCGUCAACGGAGGGAGCCACGUUGGGGAAUGGAACUGGAGAAAUGGACGAAAAUCAUGCACCUGAAUCAAAUCAGCCUAAAAUGGACACUGAAGCUGCGCAAAUGCACCAGGUCCAGACCCCUGCCAGUGCCACAGCUUCUGAUGUUUCUAAACCUUCUGAAGCCGCCGAUGACGUCCAUCUAGCUGGUGAUGAUGUGACAACCUCUACCGACCCCGAAGAGGUCACCUCGGAAGCACUAGCCUUCGUCGGGAACUCUCACCAUCUGAACACCAUAAAAUCUUAUCUACACCGCUGGAUGGCUGCCCGACCGCCGUCUUCCCCACAUCCCCACCUGCUGGACCUGUGUCCUAUACCUCUCGCUCGACUUAUCGAUCUGAGUGGGGUCAAUGUGAGCCGUAUGGACAGUGAGAGUGCCGAGGUAACUUCAGAGAGUGUCAGGCAGUGUCAGAGCCUGGCGGGGGAGCAGAGGUCGGGGUCAGUCGCCCGGGGUCCGUCAGAUGGGAAGGAUCGGCGGACGGACGGGAGCUGGGACUGUGUGCUGUCGGCCCCCGUGCUGCCGUCUGGCCGGCUCGACCCGGCUGUGCUGAGGAUGGUACAGAGCGUGUCGCUGCGGCCGGGCGGUCUGCUGUGGCCGUCCCGUCUCCAACUCCUGGCAGUCGCCGUCUCCAGUCGUCUGCUGCUCAACAUGUCGGCAGUCCAGCCGGAGAACACGGAGAGCCUCGACUGCAGCGCCAUCAACGUGUUCGCGGUAACCCAACAGCAGGAUUUUCCGUAUCGUCAGCGGUCCGUCUCCUCAGACCUCAGCGACAUCCACGUCAUCGGCUGCCUUGACCUGACCUCGGGCACCAUGGACCCGCCGCGGUUCUCGAUACCAGUGACAUCUACCGGUGAACUGCACGGACUUGUGUACUGGUUUCGGCCGGUAGAUGACAGUGCAGUGGGUGCUGCGAGGCCAGAGUGCGGGCGGCAGAUGGCAGCUGCCCUGCAGACUCCGCGAACGGUCCAACCCGGGGAUGAAGUGUGUGGGACGGUCCAUCCCACUGCGGAUGGAGUGAUUGUGAUGCUGGAGGAGUGAUCUCACACAAGUAGUAUGGCAUUGAGUGAUGGAUGUCUGGAGAAGUGCCAUUCGCGAAUUCUGCCAGCCGUGCCAGUUGUGAAUUGUGCCAAGUGCCACUCGCGUAUUACGAUUGAUGAGUGCCGGGUGAGAUUCGUCAGCCCAGUGAUGCCUCUCGGUUAGUACCGAGGAGUGAGGACUAAUCAUCGACUGAGAACAGCGAGUGGCGAGAUGUGUGCGAACUCAGGAAGAACUCGAACUCGGUCCAACGCGACUGGUGACCGUGUAGUGCUGUGAUCAGUGGGUGCUCUCGAGUAGCAACUGUUGAGUGUCGUUAUUGGCGCCGUGAUACUGUGUGCCUGUGUAUUCAAGCCGCUGAAAGAAUGUCAGUAUUUUUCA